AUGGAGUUCUCAGAGCUGAUCCGCACCGGCCGGGCUCAAGCCGAGCUACUCCCCGGCCCGGAGGAGCCCCCGUUGCGCGGCACGCUGUGCGUCACCGGCCACCACCUGCUGCUGUCUCCAGGGCCCCCAUCGACUGCAGACCUGUGGCUACUGCUGUUGCGUAGUGUCGACUCCAUCGAGAAGCGGGUGGCGGGUGACUCCGGCACAAUCACCCUACGCUGUAAGGACCUGAGGGUGCUGCAGCUGGAUAUAGAGGGCGUGGAAGCGACCCUGGACAUCGCCCGUUCCAUCGAGGCGCUGUCCUCUCUGGAAUCGGUCAUCACCUCCUUUCCGUUCUUCUACCGUCCCAAGGGCCUGAGAUUGGGCGACGCCUGGCACUUCCAUCCGCCCGAAUGCUACUACAAGCGAGUAGCUCGCGAGACCAACGCGUGGCGGCUGAGCGAGGUGAACCAGGACUUUAGUUUGUGCCCCAGUUACCCUCGAGCGGUAAUCGUGCCUCGAGCGGUGGACGACGAUGCCCUGGCGCGGAGCGCCCGCUUCCGCCAGGGAGGCCGCUUCCCAGUGCUCUGCUACCACCACGCACCCAGUGGAACCGUUCUGCUACGCUCCAGUCAGCCACUGACUGGUCCCCAGAAGAGGCGCUGCGCUGAGGAUGAGGACUUGCUUCGAGCUGUACUGGCAGGGGCUCACCCUGGGGCUCGGGGCUUCAUAGUGGACACACGAUCUGCCCAGGCUGCUAAACAGGCCCGGAUGACUGGAGGGGGCACAGAGGCCAAGGCCGCCUACCCUGGCUGGAAACGACUGCACCGACCCCUGGAGAGGGGACGGGCUCUCCAGGAGAGCUUUGUGCGCCUAGUAGAGGCUUGUGGGGACCCAGAGCAGAGCAUGGACCGCUGGCUUAGUCGGCUGGAGGGCUGCCGCUGGCUGGCACAUGUGAAGGAGGCACUGAGCACCGCCUGCCUGGCAGCCCAAGGAAUGGAAAGGGAAGGAGCCUGCAUCCUGGUACAUGGGGCUGAAGGCAGAGAUAGCACUCUGCUUGUGACUUCACUGGCCCAACUCAUCUUGGACCCCUUGAGCCGGACCAUAACUGGAUUCCAGGAACUGGUGGAACGGGAGUGGAUCCAGGCUGGCCACCCCUUCCAGCUGCGCUGUGCCCACUCGGCCUUCUCCCACGCCCGCCCCAAGCACGAGGCACCCACCUUUCUCCUCUUCCUGGACUGCGUGUGGCAGCUGGGCCGCCAGUUCCCGCUGUCGCUGGAGUUUGGGGAGGGGCUGCUGUUGGCACUGUUUGAACACGCCUAUGCCUCCCCUUUUGGCACCUUCCUCUGCAACAGUGAAAAGGAGAGAUGCCUCUGUGAAGUGAGGACUCGAACACACUCCCUGUGGUCUGGGCUCAACCAGCUAAAGGAACAACGAAAACUCCGGAACCCACUCUAUGUGCUCAAUCCCUUGGCCAUUUGGCCUUCUGUGGAGCCCCAGAGCCUGCGGCUAUGGCAAGGCCUGUUUCUGCGCUGGACCCGCCCACCUGAGUCUUCAGAAGUAGCAUGGGAGAAGGUGUGGCAAAUAGUGACAGAAAGGGAGAAGACAAAAGGCUCUCAGCCCACAGCUUCUACUUGAGCCCCUAACCUAAGUGAUGACUUCUUGAAUAGUGGUGAAGUGUCCCUGAAACCUUUCCAGGCCCCUCAGGACCUCUGACUUUGGAUGAGCAUGCCUACAACCUAGGCCAGCCCAGAAUACUGAAGUCCUAAUUUGCAAGUGUCUGAAGUAUAGGGAAAAGGCCUAAAUAAUAAAGGUGUUCAUGAUUGGCA